GCCUACGCCCCCCAAAAAUCCUGAAACGAAAUCGCGGAGAGAAACCCGAACCAACCGCAACCGCCUGUGUCGGAAAUGGCGGUGGCGGUGGCGGUGGCCGUAGCCCGCGCCGACGAUGCCGGGCCGCGGUGGCGCCGGAGGCACGCUGGACGGCGCGGUGGCCAUGUCGGAGUUGCGGAUCGUGGCGGCGCGGGGCCUGCUGCCGCUGCACACGCGGCGGGCGGGAGAGGCGACGGCCGCGGCAUCCAGGGUCGCGCACCACGCGGUGGCCAUCACGGGGCAGCGGCCCGCGGCGGAGCCGCACGUGGAGGAGGCGUUGUGGAUCCUCUCGGCCGUGGAGGUCGGGGCGGCGGCGGCGAUGGAAACGCAGGGCGCGGGGGCCACGGAGGAGGCGGCGGCGGAGGCGGCGCUGGUAACCGUCCUGCUGGUCGCGGCGGCCGUGGCGGUGGUGGUGAUGCUGCGGCGGGACCCGGCGCUGGCCGAGGUGUCGCUGAGGACAACGCCGAUCCAGCACGCUUUGGCGGAGGGGGCGACGCUUCAACCCGCAGCCGCAACGCCCCUUUGGAGCUACGCAAGGUCUAUAUUGAUUGGCUGGAUGGUAAUCCAAACACUCAAGAAGAGUCAUCUAGCAAUAUACAGAUUGUGCAUUCUGAUUCAGACCAGGAUGUCGAAUUGCCCAACAUCAAUAUGCUUGCAGUUGAUCGUGCUCAUCCAGAGCCACAGUUCCUUGAGUUCGACGAGCCAAAUGUGUUUGAGAAUCCUCACCCACAGCAAACUGCUGAAGUGAACAAAAUGAACAAUGAUCUUCUGUUGAUAUUUGAGAGCCUUGCUCUUGUGAGGGCUACUAUUCACAGAUUGAUGUGUAGAGUACCGCUUGCUAAUGAUCCACAGAGCCUGGGUAAGGAAAUAGGAGGUGAAAACAAAAAGGCAAAUCAGCUUCUAAAGGAUGCUGCAGAAAAAGCUGAAGCAAUUGAAGCUAAGGGUGGGAUUCCAGUUCCCGUCCCUCCCCAUUUCUAUACUGGUGUGAAACCAGUGAGGGUGAGGCAAUAGACGUAGUUGUUGUCGCAUUAAGUCAGAUCUUGGGACGUCCUUUGGAACUUUUGGCCAGGUUGAAGGAUACUUUGAGUGUGUGUGACCUGUGUACACUGCCAUCCUGCAGUUUGUGUGCUGGGCCUCUAGCAAUGUUUUUCCAGUUCUCUAGCACAAAUGUUUUGGGGGAAACUGUGGUGUAGAUCUUGUCAUCCCCUAUCGUGAUUGUGCAAUGCUAGGGAAUGCCAUGAGUGUUGACAUGCUUAACUGAUGAAUAUUGUGAGAUGCAUUUGAUGACACACCUUGGAUUACUUGUCGCUGCCAGUUUGAUUUGCCCUUGUUUGCAGGCUCUGGCUGUUUCUGAUGCAGUUGACAGUAUUGAAUCAA